AUGAGUCCCAAAGAUGGGGACCUUCAAAGCAAAACCAUGCUUCUAAAUGGUAUCCAGUUACAACUCACAGAGAAGGAAGGCAUCCCAAAUCUCCAACCCAUCCGUUCCCGUCUGAGUUCUCCACUAUAUAUAAGCUCAUUAUCCAUUUCAUUCAUAGUGUUUCCUAAUUUUGAUUCUCCCGCCUGUGCCUAA